AUGGGUGCAGGUGCAACAAGCGCAAUAGUUACUAAUCCAUUAUGGACACAAAAUCAAUCAACAUCCUACAAAUAUAGAAAUACAUUACAUGCUUUCACAACAAUAUAUCGUCACGAAGGGAUGAAAGGCUUUUAUAAAGGUCUUGGCCCCUCUUUAUUGGGUGUUACUCAUGUGGCAGUGCAAUUUCCUUUAUAUGAAAAGAUGAAAAUUUGGCUUAGAUCACCAGACAAAGAAUAUAUAUCCAACGUAUCGAUUUUAUUUGCCUCAUCGAUUUCAAAAAUGACAGCGUCAUUAGUAACUUAUCCACAUGAAGUUGUUCGAACAAGAUUACAAAAUCAAACUGUCAAACCUUUUAAAUAUAAAGGAUUAUGGGAUAGUGUUAAAGUGAUAAAACAAGAAGAAGGUUUUUUGGCUUUUUAUAAAGGAAUGUCGACAAAUUUACUUAGAACGGUUCCUGCAAGUGCCUUAACCAUCUUAACUUAUGAAGUGUUGGUUAGAAAAUUGAAUGCAAAUAAUUCAAAAAAACAACAUUAG